UUUCUUCACUUAACAAAGCUUCCUGAUUCCUUGCCUCUCUCUCUUUCUCUUCCAUUUCUCCAAACCCUAAGAAAGAGAAUGACACAUCUCCAAAGAAAAAGGGAGAAACAAACCCUUCAAACAUUGAAAACACGUUGAAAUCCCAAUCCACAGAGUCAAAUCAAUUCCCCAGAUUUUCACCUUUGCGAUGCCAAAUUCCUCUUUUCUUCUAUUUCAAUUCCAUUUCCAGUCUCUAUCUUUACUAUCAAAUUCAGCUUUUCUUGAUCUCUCUGCAAGGAAAUAGAAAAAAAGAAAAGAGCAUCGAAAAGGAAAGAAGAAAAGAGACCCAUCAAAUGAUUUCGAAUCCAGAUCUCAUCUUCUAUGCUUGCAUUUCGAAAGGACCCACAACUCUUGCAGAAUUCACAUCCUCCAAAGAGCCUGGAAUUGAAGACAUAGCUAAAAGAUGCAUAGAGAGAACCCCUCCUCUCCACUCCACUUUCUCUCAUACCGUUCGCAGAAAGACUUACACCUUCUUGAUCAAUGACCCUGUUGCCUAUUUUGUCAUUUCUCAUGAAAGCCUUGAGAAAUCAGAGUGUUUUUGGUUUUUAAACCGUGUAAAGAUUGCUUUCGAGGAGUUUAGUGGGGCUAAUCCUGUUAAAGAUUUUGAUGAGCUUACUUAUAAUUGUUUUCAGGAGCAGUUUUGUCCUAUUUUUCGUAAUAUAUUAUCGUUGAAUGUUGAGUUGGUAGAUUCUUUAAUGGAGGUACCAAAGGAUAUAAGAAAUCCAAGUUUGGAUUCAACAAGAGGGAAGAGGUCGGUUGUUAGACCUCUGCUUUCGAAGCCGGCUAAAUUGAUGAUGAAGAAGAAAAAGAGACAAGCUUUAGGUUGUGCUGGUUGUGUCAGUGAUGGAGGAGGAGGAGGAGGCGAGGCAAAUGUGGUGGAUAAUAAUAAUAAUAAUAAUAAUAAUAAUUAUAAGGUGAAUCAUGUGGGUGAGAAUGUUGUGGUGAAUAGGGAGUUUUCAGUUUCAAUGCAUAAGAAUGGAGGUGGGUUCUAUAUGGGUGAUGGUAGGCAGAAGGCUAAGCAGAUCUGGAGAAAGCAUGUUUGGGUUGUUUUGAUAUUGGAUUUGGUUAUUUGUGCUGUUUUAUUUGGGAUUUGGUUGUGGAUUUGCAGGGGUUUUAAGUGCAUUGAUGGUUAAAUUUUGGAUUUUAUAUUCAAAUGGAGAAUGGUUUGAUAUGUUACACUAAACUUGGGGAUGUUUGUACAUGUAAAUUGAGGAAUUUGCUUUGAAGACAUAUUUGGCAGAGAGAAGUAUAUAAUGAAAUGAGGAGAGAAUUUGUUGUUCAUUGGUUCAGGAGUUCUAUUUGGCUUCAAUUGGUAAUAUUCCUAGCUUCUUUAAUGAACUCUUUGUACUAUCAAUUUCUGUAACAAGUAACAGCCAUAUGGUAUGGCUUAUCUCAACAUGCUUUUUUUCUUUUUUUCAUUGUGAUACUGUACAUAUAAAAAUUGUGCAGAUUGUAUCUUUUAUAUAGUAUCUUUUCUUUUUGUUGAUAA